UUUUUUUUUUUACUCUCUCUAUGCAAUCCAUAUCAGGUAUUAUCACCCAGACACAUGUGUCUACAGGUGAAAUACCUCCUCCUUUAGUAGGGUCCUCGAUCUCUAUAGUAGAUGACCUUGUACUUGUUUUUGCUGGUCGUCUUGUUACUUCCCGAAAAAUGACAAAUCACUUGUACGUACUUAACCUCAAAACUCUAGUUUGGACCAGACAUAUCCCUCCACCAGACUCAGACAAGGCACCUAAACCACGUUAUUUUCACUCCACUAAUACUUUUGGUCGGUCUCUUGUUAUAUUCGGUGGUAUGGGUUAUUCACGACACUCUGAAGAUGGACUUUGUGUGUUGGACGAUGUUGCUAUUUUCGAUAUCGACACCAUGAGUUGGAAACAACCUGAAAUACAACCCUCUCUUUUCGCUCCUCGUCCUCGUUACGCUCAUCUCGCUACAAUUUCAAAACAUCACCUAUUUGUCAUUGGUGGUCAGGAUAUGGAUAAUGGUUACCUCACCGAGAUCAAUGUGUUGGAUCUUCAUUCUUUUGAGUGGGUACGAGCUAUUGCUUUUGAUCAACAUGUUGGAGCCUAUCGUUCAGUGGUAGUAGCAACUCCGGUUGGUACCUCUUUACCAACAGGUAUGAAUAAUAACGAUGAUCAGUCUAGUGUUUCUGUAAAAAAUGAUAAUUCAACACAAAACGAUCCAUCAGCAAGAAGUCGCAUGUCUAUCUUGUAUACCGAUCUAGAUUAUAAUCCACCUACUGAUACACCAGGACCUAUCUUUAUGUAUAGCAACUAUAAUUUUGCCGAUGUUAAUAGAGAACUUCAACUUAUUACUCGAUCCUCAUUUUCAACAAAACUAGCAGGUGUAGAUGAACGAGAUAUCAAUCAAAUAUCGGUGGAAAAUGUAUCGGAUAUGAUGACAGGCUCAGUUAUGCCACCUGGACUACGAUUUCCAACUGGAGAUGUGCUUGGACAACAUAUGGUCAUUGCAGGAACGUAUUUAUCACCUCAAAAUCAAUCAUACUCUUUAUGGGGACUUAAUACUGUCACUUUAGCUUGGACUCGCGUGGAUACUGGAGAAAUAUUUAAUACAGGAUCAUGGAAUCGAGGUGUACUAGAUGCAGAACGCAAUCGAUACUUGAUAUUUGGGAAUAUGCACCGGAAUUUACUGGAAGAUUACAAUCAUCGUCAAGUGAACUUUGAACACAUGGCAACCGUCGAUUUGGAAGCAUUUGGAAUUUAUCAACAACCAAAGAUGAGUUGUUCACCUCUUGCGCAAGAAAUGGGUUUACGUUUAUUAAAUGAACCGACAGUGGCUGAUUUUUAUGUGAUCACUCGGGAUAGUCAAGAAAUUCCUGUCAACUCGGCUAUUUUACGGCAUAGAUGGCCAUAUUUUGCAAAGCUAUUGGAACAAGAAGAAGAAAAUGAAGGAACAACAAUGGACGAAGCAUCAUCAGGAAAACCAACCUUACUUGAUGAUAUUCAAGAAAACGAAGAAGUAAAAAUGCACACCGACAUCGACUAUAAACCACAUGCUCAGUCUAUGACAUUCCCUUAUUCAUAUCCGGUGGUGAUGGCUUUAUUGCAAUAUCUUUAUACAGACAACUUAUUGACAGCACAACAGUAUCAACCUCAUAUACUUUCACAUUUGCUUCUUUUGGCUGAUAUGUACAAAUUGCCACGCUUGGUUUCAUUGGCAACUCAUGCUCUUCAUCAAAUGCUUAACAUGUCAACUGCUCCAUUGGUUUUUGAAACAGCUGCUCUCUCCCAUCAAACAAGUUUACAAAUUCGUGCUUUAAAGUUAAUGAUUGCCGCCAAAAAGAUGGUUCAUCAACAACAACAGCAACAACAACAAAUCAAUCUUCAAUCACAACGUCAACAACGAUUAUCUCAAUAUAACGGUAUUACAAGUACUAAUAAUAAUAUCGGCAGUGAUGAUUGGGAUACACAAUCAAUGGCUUCUACUACAUUUCAACAGCAGUAUCUCGAUCAGUAUCAAACAUUACCAACACCAACAUCAUCAUUGUCAUCAUCAUAUCCAUUAUCCCCAGCGGCAACAGCAUCGACUUCAGAAUUGGAUCUCAACAAACAAAUGCAUAUGUCACCUACAUUGGGUGCACACCGUGGGCGAACUCCUUCUCUUGGUAAUCGCUCUAUGUUUUCCACCAAUGGAGGAGGUAUCUCUUCUCCAAGGCAAGUCAAUACGUUACCAACUAAUCGACCUUCUACAGCUUUGAAUUUUUAUGGAGCCACACGGCAAACAAUCACCACUAGUACUAGCAACAACAGCAGUGGUAGCAGCAAUGGCAACAGUUCUUAUUAUUCUGUGACUACACCAUCCUAUCAACAUCCACCUUCAUCAACAUCCUCUACUUCAUCAUCCUCUUUUUAUUCAUCUGAACCUAAAAAGUCGACAUCCUCUGGUUUUCCUUUCAUCUCUAAUAAUGCCAUGCCAGUAAAAACAUCUCCAUCUUCUUCUUCCACCAUACCUGAAGAUGACAAUUUCAGUGUAUCCAGCUUUUCGAUGUAUGGUAAUCAAACCACAUUUACUAAUACUUCUAAUUCAUCCUCCUCCAGUAAAGAUUUGUCCAAUUCAAGCAGACGAAAACAAAACCGUAUUUUGAAUGCUUUGGGAAACAAAUUCUCAAUGUCACGAUCUUGAUUAUUUAUUAUUAAUUCCUAUUUAUUUUUAUUCCCCUUUAUUUAUUUUCUUUCUUUUUUUUAUUAUUAUUAAUAAUAUUAUUUUGC